AUGUCCCAGACCCGGUUACUAGACCUGGUUAAGACUCAGUGUCGCAUCUUUUCCCUCAACUUCAAUCCGCAAAGACUCCGAUUAGGGAAUAAGAUCCUUAGACAACGCCUCCGUGGCCCGGCACUCGCAGCAUGGUACCCAAAGAAAACGGUCGCUUUCCAAGAUCUCCAAAACACAUACAAACCUCUCGGAUUAACUACAUUUGAUGAGGCCGAAGAUGAUCGAGAGGAGGCAAUUCAAAUGUCCGUGACCGGUAUCCUCCGUGCUGUAUAA